AUGUCUAAUUCCAUAAUCCAAUUGCCAGAUCACAUUCUUUGUUACUUCUUAUCUUUGCUACCAUUAAGAGAUGCCGCUAGAAUAAGGUCGUUAGUAUAUGAAUGGAGAUUUCUUCGUGAUGUACGCUUUUAUCUCCUCUUUGAUUCUUAUAAUGUGAUGGGAAAAGAAAUCUGUUGUUUUACAGAUGAAAAUCGAUGCAAAUUUGUGGCGGCUAUUGAUCAAUUUAUGCAAUUUUGGAGCGGAACCAAAAUAAGCAUGUUACAUAUCAAUAUCGACCUUGGAAAAGAACACACUUCACAUAUUAACAGGUGGAUUCAAUUUGCUAUUCAAAAGGGCGUUGAGAAAAUUGAUCUUAAUUUGAUUAGAACAGAUGCAAAUCGUGAAAGCUAUUUGUUCCCUUAUGUUUUCAAGCCAUGUUCUUUGGAUUCUUUGCGCUUGAAGUGUUUACGAUUGAAUAAUUGCAAAUUGGAUGGUUAUUAUCAUAGAAACGUAAGUUGGUUAAGUCGUAUAAUUACACUGGAAUUGAGUCGUGUUCCUUUAAAAAUGCGUGACAUUUUGGCUAUCUUUGCUGGGGAUUCGAAUCUAAAAUCGGUUACGUUGUCUGAUUGCUGUUUGCCUACAGUCGUUCGCAUUAAUGGUAGCAAUUGCCUGAAGAACCUAACCAUUGAUGAACUUGAAAGAUCUGUAACAAUCAAGCUAAAUUGUCCUAAUCUUGAGUAA